CAUCGUCGUCUCCGCGAGUUCUUCUCUGCGUUUAGGCCGUAGAAAAAACAAACCCAAAAUUCCCCAAAAAUUGAAAAAGGAAUUUCUCCUUUUAUCAUUCAUUCUUCUCUCACUUUUCUCGUUCCCAAAUUUUCUAAAUUUUUUUGAUAAGUGUAAGAUCCUCUUCAAGAGGAUCUCUCUGGCAGGUCAUAGUCACACAUUCGUACCGAUCAAACCACUCAGAUUGGUCCUGUAACGCGAUCUUCUCGCGAAUCGAAAACGAUUCAUUAUAAUCUGUGAAUAGACAAAGAGAAGAUGGGUGCUCCGUUAGUAUGCCACGGGCAUUCUCGUCCCGUCGUCGAUGUGGCUUAUAGUCCGGUGACCCCUGAUGGGUUCUUCCUUAUCAGCGCCAGCAAAGAUUCGAAUCCGAUGCUGAGGAAUGGGGAGACUGGUGACUGGAUUGGGACUUUUGAAGGACAUAAAGGAGCAGUUUGGAGUUGCAGCCUUGAUAAGAAUGCUCUGCGUGCUGCCUCAGCUUCUGCAGAUUUCACUGCGAAAUUAUGGAAUGCAUUGACAGGAGAUGAAUUGCACUCCUUUGAACACAAGCACAUUGUCCGUGCAUGUGCCUUCUCAGAGGACACUCACCUUUUACUCACUGGUGGCAUGGAGAAAAUUAUUCGGAUAUUCGAUUUGAAUCGGCCAGACGCACCGCCAAAAGAAAUUGGAAAUUCCCCUGGUUCAAUCAGAACUGUCGAAUGGCUUCAUAGUGAUAAAACUAUCUUAAGCUCUUGCACAGAUACCGGUGACAUUAGGUUAUGGGACAUAAGAAGUGACAAGAUUGUUCAAACAUUAGAAACAAAGUUCCCAGUUACUAGUGCUGAAGUAAGUCAGGAUGGGCGAUAUAUAACUACAGCUGAUGGAUCUAGUGUUAAAUUUUGGGAUGCCAAUAGUUUUGGAUUGCUGAAGAGCUAUGACAUGCCUUGCAAUGUUGAAUCGGCAUCCUUGGAACCAAAACUCGGCAACUCUUUCAUUGCUGGAGGAGAAGAUAUGUGGGUGCAUAGGUUUGAUUUCCAGACUGGUGAAGAGAUUGGGUGCAACAAGGGUCACCAUGGGCCAGUGCACUGCGUGAGGUAUGCGCCAGGAGGGGAGUCAUACACGUCAGGCUCAGAAGAUGGGACAGUAAGAAUAUGGGUGGUGGGUUCGGUGAACCAUGAGGAGAGCAAUCCGAGCGGUCACGUGAAGCUUGUAGCAGAGGAGGUUGUGCGUAAAGCUGAAAGCCUGCGUAUCAAUGAGAAAACGGGAGAAGAGAAAUGAAAGCAUCAUUAGCUUCUUUUUUUGGUCGAAUGAAAACAUCAUCUGCUGAUCCCACAUAGAUUCGUAGUUGGUUUUGAAUGACCUUAAUAUGUGUCUGAGGGUUUUGCCUUUUAAGAGUAUGUAGAGGAAAUAAAACGAACAUAAUCUUCAACUCUAAUUGAGUGGAUAGUGAAUCUAAUCGAAAUUUUGACAAGAAAUUUGUAUCAUUGUCAAAAAAUAAUUAAAAAUUUAGUCUUUCAGAUA